AUGGUAACCCCCACAAAUGUCCCUGUCCUGGUGUCAGAUGGGGACCAAGUUAAUUUCACUUGUGUUGCACUUGGCAAUGCGGGCAUGCCAUUCCAAUAUCACUGGUCUAUCGGGACACGGACUGUCUCCACACAAUCCAGCACUUUACUGACUGUGGGGAGACACGUGUUCAUCAACGACUCUCUAACCUGCACUCUGAUUAGCUCUAAUGAUUCCACUCUUGGGAGUUCAACAGCGAAUAUUCGUGUUCAGUAUCGAGAAAAGCCGGUUGAACUUUCGUUGGCCGAUACCUCUUCAUCAUCCUGUUCACCCAUCCGCCAAACCUACAUUGUAGGAGGUAGUCUUGGAUUAAUUGUUCUGGCUCUGAUGGGCCUCGUUCUACUUAUGCUAGUCAGACAGCAUAAUCUAUCAGCAGAAAAGAAGUCCACUGAAGGAGAUAUGGUCGAAGAUUGCACCAACCAGUACUACCUUCACUGUGUACCCAGAGAUCAGAAGAACCUUUCUCUGUCCACGUGCGACAACUCUUGUAGCCGAAUAUCCAGCCGUGAAU